AUGGAUUUGCUAGUCGAGGGACCCCAGCAUAUCACUAUGACGGUUCGAGAUCUCACCCAAGAGUUCACCUUCUCGGUCAUCUAUGCAUCACAUCGAUCCGAAGAAAGGGAAACUCUUUGGGCGGACCUAGCUCAAUACGUGAGGGACUAUCCUACACUAGUUAAGUCUCCUUGGUACCUAACAGGUGACUUCAACUGUGUUCGUAAUACUAGUGAACGUCAAGGUGGGCGGAUCCCUAGGGCCCGUAACAUGGAGACGUUCAAUGACUGUAUUUUUCGAUUAGCUCUUAUUGAGCCACCUACAUCAGGCGAGGCAUGGACGUGGAACAACAAUCGAGGGGACGCUUUGAUUUAUGAGCGUAUCGAUCGUUGUUUCAUCAACAGCAUCGCCAUGGUGCGACAUCCCAUAUUAGUCACGAUAUUACCCCGUUAUAGGUCAGAUCACACCCCGAUCCUCAUACUCCCUAAACAGAGUAUGAGCACCCACAGACCUCCCUUCAGAUUUCAGAUCAUGUGGCUCCAACAUGAAGACUUUCAGAGUUUCAUACGGAAUCACUGGUACGGACAUAUCUCAGAUUCUCCUAUGGAGAACCUUAGCUAUAAGUUAAGGAAUCUCAAACUCCACCUUAAAUGGUGGAACCGACAUAUCUAUGGGAAUGUCCAUACCCAGGUUGAUGCAUUGCAAAAAGAGUUAGCAGAGGUUGAAAGACUACUGCAAGCUAGAUAUUCAGAUGCUGCUUGGGAAAGGAGGAGUAGAGUGAGCGACCAGCUUGAUGAGGUUGUGCGACGACAGGAGUUAUUCUAUCUCCAGAAAUCACGCAUCCAGUAGUUACAAGAGGGUGAUAGAAACACUCGUUUCUUUCAUGCCUCGGUCGCUCACCGCUCACGUUCAGAUUAUACCUCUCUUUUAGAGACAUAUGAUCAGGACCUUUCCCGCAUGCAGGAGGCAGGGGUUGAGUACUUUCGUACUCUCUUAACCUCUCAGCCGAUCGAGAUUUCUGAUGAUAUGCUCACUUCGAUCCCAUCAUUGGUCACUCACCAUGAGAGCUCUCUCACGACGGCCAUACCCACGGGAGAAGAGAUCAAGGAAGUAGUUUUCUCUAUGAGCAGACAUCGUGCACCCGGGCCCGAUGGUUUCCCAGCUGAUUUUUACAUUUCAUGUUGGGAUAUCGUUGGCACUGAUCUCAUCCAGGCUAUCAAGGAAAUCUUUCGUCGUAAAGUCUUUACAUGGAGUUGGAAGGCCACCUUCCUUGCACUUAUACCGAAGGUGACUACCCCAACCUCAUUUAGAGACUUUUGACCUAUCAAUUUAUGUAACGUGUGUUAUAAAGUUGUAUCUAAGAUCGUUACACGUAGAUUGAGUAGUUUCCUUGAUAGACUUAUAUCUCCAGAGUAAUGCGGAUUUGUUAAGAGACAGCACAUUCACGAUAACAUCAUGCUAGUACAUGAACUAGCACAGUCCCUUGGCCAUGACUGUCGAGGCUCCAACAUCAUCAUCAAAUUAGACAUGGAGAAGGCCUUUGAUAGGAUAGAGUGGAGUUUCCUCAUUAAGGUUCUUAGAUGCUUUGGGUUCACCGACGACUUCAUUGACUUAGUUGAUGCAUGUGUUAGGGACAAUCAUUUCUCUUUAUUGGUGAACGGUAGCUCCACACCAUUCUUCACGGCCACAAGAGGUCUACGACAGGGUGAUCCACUAUCACCCACCCUCUUCAUCUUGGUCGAAGAAGUCCUCAGUCGAUCCCUCACUCGAGCGAUCAAUCAAGGACUUAUCCGACCAUACUACUCAAAGAGGGGUUGUCCGAUCAUCUCACACUCCCUCUUUGCUAAUGAUGCGAUACUCUUCCUCAAUGGAUGUAAGACAUCCAUUAGAGGGCUCAUGAGUAUUAUCUCGAGGUAUGAGCGAGCUGCAGGUCAACUCGUAAAUGCCUCGAAGAGUAGCUUCAUGGUAGGCCCUUCUACCCCCAUAGGGACCAUACGACGCAUCCAGGGCCUAACGGGGUUCUCUCGUGGACACUUACCUUUUGACUAUCUAGGAUGUCCUAUCUUCCUCGGCCGUAGGCGCAUACACUAUUUUGACGCCCUAGUGGGCAAGUUGAGGAAGAAACUAGCAGAAUGGAAGAUACAGCUUCUAUCCCCUGGAGGACGGAUCCAGUUGAUACGCCAUGUCCUCAUGAGCAUGCCAUUACACCUUUUGGCAGUCCAUGAGGUACCAGACACCGUCUUACAGUCUAUUAGACGGAUAUGCACGUCCUUCCUUUGGGAUGGACAACUUGAGGGACCUCGUCGCCAACGCCGAGUUUCUUGGGAAAAAGCAUGUCGACCUACGGAUGAGGGUGGCCUAGGUAUUAGGCGCCCUCAAGAUGUACUCAACAUGCUUCAAAAGAAACUCGUUUGGAGGAUGAGGACCACACCAUCGGUGCUAGGCUCUUUUGUGUCAGCCAAAUAUGGUGAGUGGGCCCGACAGCCGGCCGACAUCAAAGGAGUCAAACGAUGGGCAGACUGGCAGCGACAUUGGUUGGAGAUGGUGCCCCUUAUUCGUUGGCGAGUGGGGCGAGGUGCGAUCAGUGCCUGGUACGACACUUGGCUAGAGGACACACCAUUGGCCUGUUUUACCACUUUCACAUCCUCUUGGCCUCGCUUGACGGUAGCCCAGCUUCUCCAAGGAGACACUCGUCUACUUAUUGAGAGGCAUGGACUAUCGUCAGACUUGUUACCAGCCAUCACCAUGACUGAGACGAGUUUUACUGAGGACCAACCCAUCUGGACACUUACCAUAGAUGGCAGUUUCUCUUGUAGCUCCUCUUGGGAGCACUUUAAAAACCGCUCCCCAAAGACAUUUUGGGGAAAUCUCAUAUGGCAUCCAGCCAUCACACCUCGUGUUUCGUUCUUCCUAUGGAAGUUCAUGCACCGAGGACUACCCACCGACGAUCGAGUGAUUGUCACCGAUCAGGAGGUGGAAAGGAGAUGUCAUUGUUGCUCCAUCACGACGGACGAAAGUAUGGAACAUCUAUUUUUCCAUAGUGAUAUCGCUGUCGAGUGUUGGAGUCAACUUCUAGCGAAUUGGCUUCCAAUGCUCUCGUACAGACCUACGAGACCACCACUAGAGGUCUUUAGGAGAGUCAUUGACUCAUUGACGAGUGUCAAGAUUAGUCCCUUCAUCUGUAUCUCCAUAACAUAUAUGUUAUGGGAAAUAUGGAAGGGACAUAACUCAUCUCGAUUUGUAAGCCAAGUGAUGCGUGCCAUAGAGAUUAUGAGGCACAUAACACAAUGGCUUCGAAGUACUCAUUCCUUAGUGCCAAACAAAACGAAACGCUCGCGUUCUAUUUAUGAGGCUUUUGGGCUUUGAGGACUCCAUAUCAUACUUACACAGACCCAGACUACUAUCCGAUCUGUUAGAUGGACACCACCGAGUGUUGGACGGUGGAAACUCAAUAUCGAUGGAGCAUCUCAAGGCAACCCAGGACCAACUAGAGGAGGAGGUAUCCUACGCGAUAGUAUAAGAUGCAUUCUCUUUGUCUUUUCAAACUUUUAUAAUAUACAAACUAAUACUGUGGCAGAGGCUAUGGCAAUACGAGAUGAUUUGCUUCUUUGUGAGGAGCAAAAUAUUACUAAUAUUGUCUUAGAAUCUGAUUCCAGAGUGUUAGUGGACAUAUUACGUGCAGACUCUUGUCCUCAUUGGAGGCUCAAGAAUAUCUAGACAUACAUCAUGCGAUGUCGAGGGCGCAUCACAACCAUUACGCAUCAGUUCCGAGAAGGGAAUCAGACGGCCGACGCCCUUGCUACGUAUGGAGUCAGUUUGCGUCGGAGGACAGUCUUCUCUUCUUGGUAGGACAUGCCCCUCAAAGCCCGAGGUGCUCAUAGACUUGAGCGACUCGGCAUACCCUCUUUACGCAUACACCGCACUCCACUACCGACCCCUCCACGGCAGUGGCGUAUUGCUUGGAGGAGAUCAAGGGUGGUUACUAUUGGCCACUGAAGACCACAAUGGAGAUACAGGUACGUAUUUCCUUUGUUUCUAUUUUCAGGUCUAUCACAAGCCACAACCAUGACAUCAUCAUGGUGCUCACCCCAUACCACCAAUGUGGAAUGCACUUUGCCUAUCAGCACAAGACGGACAACAAGGCACAUCGUAAUCCACUCGGGUACACUACUUCCAAUCAUUACUCUCUUCAUAAUCACCUCACAUCUACUAUCUAUCACCCUCAAGUAGUGAGGACAUAG